ACCCUAGAUUAGUAAAGAGAAAUGGGAGCCGUAGACUUGCGCCUAUAGGCAUUCCCAUCUCUCAUUCUUUUUCUCUCUCUGUGACUAUAAUUUUACUUUAUCUCAGUUUUCUGAGAAGAAAUGAAGGUUAUCACUGCCUACUUGCUCGCUGUUCUGAGCGGAAACACCAGCCCUUCUGCCAACGAUUUGAAGAACAUUCUUGGAUCAGUUGGGGCUGAUGCUGAAGAUGAUAGAAUUGAGCCUCUGCUCUCUGAAGUUAAGGGUAAAGAUAUUACAGAGCUGAUUGCAUCUGGAAGGGAGAAGCUUGCUUCAGUGCCUUCUGGUGCUGGUGGUGCCAUUGCAGUGGCUACAAGUGCUGGUAGCGGCAGCGGUGGUGGUGCAGCACCUGCUGUGGAUGAGCCAAAGAAAGACGAGAAGGUGGAAGAGAAAGAGGAAUCAGAUGAUGACAUGGGCUUUAGUCUUUUCGACUGAGGGAUUCUGAUGCUGGUCUUUGAGUUCCCAUUUUUCUAGUGAAGUUUUGGUCAG